CGUAGACGCCCUAUCAAACGCUGAACGGCGCUCCGACGUCACCGCCAUUUUUGUGGAGUCAAGUCGGAGACCCAAAAUGCCUCGCACGUGUGCAGCAUGUGAAUUGUUUGAACCGUUUAGGUGUCCAAAUCAAAUCAUGUUCACAUAGCAGCCUUGCCUCCAGCAAACACAAGGUUACAUCUCAGCAGCGGGCCAACCCAGUCAAAGAGGCGUCUACGUAUUAAUGUCUAUGCAAACAAGACUUUCUAUCCAGAACCAGGAAGAAGGGAAAUGUGCUAAAACCACUUGCAAAGCACACUGGGAGAUGUAGUUGUCCAGUAAAUGCAGUUUACCACCACUAGAUUUAGGAUUUGCAGAAGAAAAAGUUGAAGGCAUGUUCAACAUACCUGGAGAUGGGCUUCUGCCAACUUCAUGGACUCACUGAAUCCGCUUUUGCAUGGCUUGUUUUUUGAAGGGACUGAAUUGUCUUUUGCUGUAAAUGUUCGUAAAAUUGGUUUGAAAUGUCCGACUUCCACAACCGAAGCCAAUUAGUCAGCACACGACGCAGUGACUACGUCUGGCAAUAUGAGUAUUAUGACGACGAGGAGCCCGUGUCCUUUGAUGGACUCAAAGCGCACAGAUACUCCAUCGUCAUAGGCUUCUGGGUGGGACUGGCAGUAUUCGUCAUUUUCAUGUUCUUUGUUCUCACGCUGCUGACGAAGACUGGAGCACCACAUCAGGAAAACCCAGACUUGGCGGAGAAGCGACACCGACCAGAGGGCCGUUUGGUAGAUAUCAAUGGCCACCAGGAGGAGAAUGACAAAGCUUUCUCCCGCCCACUGCUCGAUGGCUCCCCUUCAUACUUUAAUUUCUACAUCAGUGAGGAAGAUCAGGCCCAUAAGAAACGGAAACUAGAAGACAAAAGGAGUUCUACAAAAGACAAAGUAGGAAGACAUCUGUGUUCCUCUGAGAUAGAAGAGAUGCACGAGGACAUUGAGGAAAGCGGGGGGCACCAACCUCUCAAUGGACUCAUUGAGGAAAGUAAGACAGACAGAGAGUGUGCCUUCCUGUCUCACUUCAACAUCCCUAAUUUUGUGAACUUGGAUCAUAGCUCCACACUCGGAGAAGACGAUCUGCUCUACGAGCCAUCCAUUAUCCUGGAGCGUCAGUCUCAAGCUCACAAUGCUCACUGUGACACCCACUAAGGCAGAUAGGUGCCGUGGUCUUGUAACAUAAUUUGGUUUACAUUGAGAUGCAUUUUAAGAUGGAGCAGAGGGAAAUGUAUGCAUCUGCUAUGCCUGUCUUUCUGUAAAAGCUUUUAAAUUACAUUUUAAUGUUUUCUAAAAAAACAAAAAAAAGUGCAUUUGGCUUCCCAAGAAAGAGGACAGAAAACAGUCUGUAAUAGCAAACUCAAAGUAACAUGAUGAGUUUCCUUUCAGGAGAAAAGAUUGCUUCGGAAAUUAUACCUGUUAUUUCAAGUACUGUGAGCCUAAACUGGAUGCAGCUGGGCUGUAUCCGGACUCUGCACAAAAAACAAGAAUAAUGAAAGACAAGUGGGGGUCACUGGGGAAGGAUGGAUUGUGGAAAUUAUUCUCCUGUUGUUGCUGUUUUUGUUAUACUGUAAGAUUCUGAACAUUGGGUCUUAUCUGUGGGUGAGAAGCCGGUCGGUUAGAAAAAGGGAAUAUCAAAUUGAAUCGAUGUUGUUGUAAAGUCUAAUACUAUUUAAAAAAGUGAAAUGCAUAUGUGUCACUUUUCACAGUACAUAUACAUGUUAAAUAAUGAAUAAAGAUUAAAGGAAUUUUAAGUCACCUUCAA